GUUUUUUCUCUUCUUUAAUGUUAAGUAUUACAUUUCUUUAACAUUUUUGCUUGCACUAAACACUAAACACUUCACUUUCUUGUUCUUCAUGUUUUGAGGGUUUUUCUUCGAGUUGGAGUUCAAAAAAAGCAAGUAAUAUUUAGUUUUUAGCAAAACCAAGUUAUGCAAAUCCGUGAAGAUCAUCUCCGUUUUGGAAUUUGAGGCAAAUGUCGAUCCCCACCUCGAGAAAAAUCCUUCCGUCUUCUUGUUUCCUCUUCUUUAUUUUUCUUUUUCUGUCAACUUAUUCUCUAGCUUCACCACAGAACCAAAACCAUGAAGCCUCGGCUCUAUUUUCUUGGCUCCAUUCGUUUACAAACUGGAACAAUCUUGAUUCAUCUCCAUGCAGAUGGGUUUCCAUUACAUGUUCCUCUCAAGGUUUUGUUACUGAAAUCAAUAUCCAGUCUGUUCCUCUUCAGCUCCCUUUUACACUCAAUCUCUCUUCAUUUCAGUUCUUGGAAAAGCUUGUGAUUUCUGAUGCUAAUAUUACUGGGACUAUUCCGGUUGAUAUUGGCAACUCGGUUACACUCACUGUUCUUGACCUCAGUUCCAACAGUCUUGUCGGUUCCAUUCCUGAGAGUAUCGGCCGGCUUCGGAUUCUUGAGGAUUUGAUUCUGAACUCCAAUCAACUAACUGGGAAAAUCCCGGUUGAGUUGAAGAAUUGCAUUAGUUUAAAGAAUCUGGUUCUGUUUGAUAAUCGGUUGAGUGGGUAUAUUCCGACCGAGUUAGGCGAGUUGUCGAGUCUCGAGGUUCUUAGAGCUGGUGGGAAUAAAGACAUUAUCGGGAAGAUUCCUGAUGAGCUUGGAGAUUGCAGAAACUUGACUGUUUUGGGGCUUGCUGAUACAAGGGUUUCAGGUUCAUUACCUGUUUCAUUGGGUAAGCUGACAAGGCUUGAAACUUUGUCUAUUUAUACAACUAUGCUGUCUGGUUCGAUUCCUCCUGAUAUAGGUAAUUGCUCUGAGCUUGUCAACUUGUUUCUUUACGAAAAUAGUCUCUCUGGUUCGAUUCCUCCGGAGAUUGGUAAGCUUAAGAAGCUUGAGCAAUUGCUGCUAUGGCAGAACAGUCUUGUAGGUGUUAUUCCAGAGGAGAUUGGGGAUUGUGUUAGCUUGAAAAUGAUUGAUCUUUCAUUGAAUUCUUUAUCUGGUAUCAUACCGUCUUCGAUAGGAGGUCUUGUCGCGCUUGAAGAGUUUAUGAUUAGUAAUAAUAAUGUGUCUGGUUCAAUUCCAUCCAAUCUUUCAAAUGCAACUAAUCUUUUGCAGUUGCAGCUUGAUACUAAUCAAAUAUCGGGCUUAAUCCCGCCAGAGAUUGGGUUGCUUUCGAAGCUUAACGUGUUUUUCGCCUGGCAAAAUCAGCUCGAAGGAAGCAUUCCUUCUAGUUUGGGCUCUUGUAGUAAUCUUCAAGCAUUAGACUUGUCUCAUAAUUCGCUCACCGGAAGCAUACCGCCUGGUUUGUUUCAGCUUCAGAAUCUUACCAAGCUUCUGUUGAUAUCUAAUGACAUUUCAGGGUUUAUACCACCGGAAAUCGGCAACUGUAGCUCUCUUGUGAGACUAAGACUUGGUAACAACCGGAUAGCCGGUGGCAUUCCUAAGGAAAUCAAGGGUCUUAAGAGCUUGAAUUUUCUUGAUCUUUCGAGUAAUCGCCUUUCCGGGUCUUUUCCUGAUGAGAUAGGAAGCUGCACAGAGUUGCAAAUGAUAGACAUCAGCAAUAACUCUGUACAGGGUCCUCUGCCUAAUUCAUUGUCAUCUUUAAGUGGUCUGCAGGUCCUAGAUGUCUCAGGUAAUCAGUUUUCAGGCGAAAUACCAGCGAGUUUUGGACGCCUUGUCUCGCUGAACAAGCUCAUUCUAAGCAGGAAUUCAAUCUCGGGUUCGAUACCUACUUCCCUUGGCCUCUGUUCGAGCCUUCAACUGCUUGACCUCAGCAGCAAUGAUCUCACUGGCAGCAUUCCAAUGGAAUUGGGUGAAAUUGAAGCUCUUGAAAUUGCACUCAAUCUCAGCUAUAAUGCACUAACAGGGCAGAUUCCACCUCAGAUAUCUGCGCUCGCUAAGCUCUCUAUACUCGAUCUUUCGCAUAACAAGCUCGACGGAGAUUUAACUUCACUUUCGAGCCUUGACAAUCUUGUUUCUCUCAAUGUGUCUUACAAUAACUUCACUGGCUAUCUUCCUGACAAUAAGCUGUUCAGACAAUUAGCCCCAGCUGACUUGGCUGGUAACCGAGGGCUAUGCUCGUCACUCAAGGACUCGUGUUUCUUGAGCGAUGUUAGCCGAACGGGAUUGGGAAGAAAUGAAAAUGACGUAAGGCAGUCGAGAAAACUUAAGCUGGCAAUUGCUUUGCUCAUCACAUUGACAGUGUCAAUGGUGAUUAUGGGGACGUUUGCAAUUAUCCGUGCGCGAACAGCCAUUCGAGACGAUGAUGAGUCUGAGUUGGGAGACUCAUGGCCCUGGCAAUUCACUCCAUUCCAGAAGCUGAAUUUUUGUGUUGAUGAGAUAUUAAGAUCUCUUGUGGAUACUAAUGUGAUUGGAAAAGGAUGUUCCGGCGUUGUUUAUCGCGCUGACAUGGAGAACGGUGAUGUCAUUGCUGUGAAGAAGCUCUGGCCUAAUACAAUGGCUGCAGCCAACGGAUCACCCAACGAUGAAAAAUGCGGUGUUCGUGAUUCUUUCUCAGCAGAAAUAAAAACAUUAGGUUCCAUCAGACACAAGAACAUAGUUAGGUUCUUGGGUUGUUGUUGGAAUCGAAACACGAGACUUCUCAUGUAUGAUUAUAUGCCGAAUGGAAGUUUAGGUAGUCUCCUCCAUGAAAGAACAGGAAAUGCAUUGGAAUGGGAUCUUAGGUACCAAAUAUUGUUGGGUGCAGCACAAGGACUAGCUUAUUUACACCAUGACUGUGUUCCUCCAAUUGUUCAUAGAGAUAUCAAAGCCAAUAACAUCCUCAUUGGCCUCGAAUUCGAGCCUUAUAUCGCAGAUUUCGGCCUUGCUAAGCUCGUCGAUGAUGGUGAUUUUGCUCGUUCGUCCAAUACAGUCGCAGGAUCUUACGGAUAUAUUGCUCCUGAAUAUGGUUAUAUGAUGAAGAUCACGGAAAAGAGCGACGUAUACAGCUACGGAGUAGUAGUAUUAGAAGUCUUAACCGGCAAGCAACCAAUCGAUCCAACGAUACCCGAAGGAGUCCAUUUAGUGGAUUGGGUUAGACAAAAGAGAGGAGGCAUUGAAGUGCUUGAUCCAAGUCUACUAACUAGACCCGAACCCGAAAUCGACGAGAUUAUGCAGGCACUAGGCAUAGCCUUAUUAUGUGUAAACUCAUCUCCUGAUGAAAGACCAACAAUGAAAGAUGUUGCUGCAAUGCUCAAAGAGAUCAAACAUGAAAAUGAAGAGUAUGCAAAAGUUGAGAUCCUCCUUAAAGGUUCACCAGAAAUCAAGAAUUCAAGUAAUGGAGUUUCAGCAACUAGUUCAUCAUCAUCAUCAAAGUCUCAAGUAAUCACAAAUUUGUAUCCUAAAAGCAAUAAUUCAAGCUUCUCUGCUUCCUCAUUACUUUACUCUUCUAAUGCCAAAUUGGGUUUCAAGUGAUAAAUUUUCUUUUUUUCAAAUGUUUCAUAGUGUUAAUCUUUUUGUUUUCUUACAUGUUUCUUCAGUUUGGUUAGUGUUUGUUGGUUUUAAUGUAAAGAAAAAUGUUUGAUA